GAGGGCCCCGUCGUCAUGUCGCUGAGGCAGCGCCUGGCCCAGCUGGCCGGCCGCCUGCAGGAGCCGCAGAGAGUGGCCCGCUUCCAGCGGCUGUGCGGGGUGGAGGCGCCGCGGGAGGCUGAGGCGGCGGAGGCGCCGCUCGCCGGGGACCUGCGGCGGCGAGGGCUGCGGCCGCCCCCGGGCGAGCGCGGUCAGUGCCCGGCCAAGGCGGACGGCGGCGCCGGCGCCCCCAACGGCGUGCGGAACGGGCUGGCGGCCGAGCGGGGCCCGCGGCGUGCGGGCGCCCUGCGCCGCAACUCGCUGACGGGCGAGGAGGGCGAGCUGGCCCGCGUGAGCAACUGGCCGCUCUACUACCUGUUCUGCCUGGGCACGGAGCUGGGCAACGAGCUCUUCUACAUCGUCUUCUUCCCCUUCUGGAUCUGGAACCUGGACCCCCUGGUGGGCCGGCGGCUGGUGAUCAUCUGGGUGCUGGUCAUGUACCUGGGCCAGUGCACCAAGGACAUCGUCCGCUGGCCGCGGCCCGCCUCGCCGCCCGUCGUCAAGUUGGAGGUCUUCUACAACUCCGAGUACAGCAUGCCGUCCACGCACGCCAUGUCCGGCACCGCCAUCCCCAUCGCCAUGGUGCUGCUCACCUACGGCCGCUGGCAGUAUCCUCUUCUAUAUGGACUGAUUCUUAUUCCGUGCUGGUGCUCUCUAGUUUGCCUAAGUAGAAUUUACAUGGGAAUGCACUCCAUUCUGGAUAUUAUUGCUGGAUUCCUGUAUACCAUUUUAAUCUUAGCUGUCUUCUAUCCACUUGUGGACAUGAUUGACCACUUCAACCAAACUCACAGAUACGCUCCGUUAAUCAUCAUAGGGCUUCACUUAGCUCUGGGGAUCUUUUCCUUCACUCUUGACACCUGGAGCACCUCCCGGGGAGACACAGCUGAGAUUCUGGGAAGUGGUGCUGGAGUUGCAUGUGGCUCUCAUGUCACUUAUAACAUGGGUCUAUUACUAGAACCUUCUCUGGACACAUUGCCUUUAGCUAGGCCCCCGCUUACUGUGACUCUGGUUGGAAAAGCCAUAUUGCGGGUCUUCAUAGGGAUGGUGUUUGUGUUAAUAGUCAGAGAUAUAAUGAAAAAGAUCACCAUUCCUUUAGCCUGCAGAAUCUUCAAGAUACCUUGUGAUGAUAUUCGAAAAGCAAGACAGCACAUGGAAGUUGAACUUCCUUAUCGGUAUAUUACCUAUGGAAUGGUCGGUUUCUCCAUCACAUUUUUGAUUCCUUACAUAUUUUCCUUUAUUGGUAUCUCUUGAUGGAAAAAUACUGUUUAUGAUAAGAAAAGAGGGUAUCAGUUACUGAUCUCAAAGUAUAUUCUAGGUAAAAGCCAGAUCAGAGUUAGGCUUUUGCAGGAAUUUAACUUAAAUAAUUAUUUAAGUAAAUUCAGAAGAGUCAGUGCAUUUUCUCAUUGCACAUCCAAGGUGUUGUGUAAGUGAGCUGAGCUGUUGGAAUACUGAGAAAGUGAUCAGUAUCCAUUGCGAAUGCCCAUGUAAUGUUUGGAGUUUUCUGCUGUUAUGGGCUCAAGUUAUAUAUAAUAGAUAUUAAGGUAUAUAAUAUGAACUUAUAUAUCUAAUAUAUGUUAUAUAUAAAAUAAUAUACCUGAAGUUUUUUUUAACCUGGGAGGGGUGUAUAAAAUCAAUAAUAAUAUGCAAACAAUUGUGCCUGUGUGUUGGGACCUGGUACAAGUAUGUUGUUAUUAACAAAUACGUUUAACAUUUAUUUACUAUGGUAGCCAUUUCCUAAUUGAAUUGCGUAAUUCCUAGACCAGAAUUCCUGUGCUACCACACAUUGAUUGACUGCCUGUUUUCACACUGCCAUCCCUUUCAUGUUACCUAUGAUACUGAACAUGGGAGGCGUUUUUAGUGGACCAAAUUUUCAGAGAAAUUUGUUUUUGGAGUCCUUAUUUUUUAAAAGUUCUGUACACUGUGUUGAAUGUACUUUUAUUUGCAACUGUUCUGAACAUAAGUUUAAUAAUUCAGGUACUGAAUUUUAUUGCUUGCUAAUUGUGCCUUUCUGUUGCUGAAUUAAGAAAUGCCAUGUAUACUGUGAUGUAAAGGUCAGAUGUUAACUUUACCUUAAGUUACAUAUAAUCAGGCAACCAACAGGGCUAGAAGUAAAACACCCUUAACUUUUUAACCUUUAUUCAGAAAGGAAUGUGGAAUGGGCCUAACUUUCUCACUAAUUUAUUGGAAGGCUAAAUGGAUAAAUAUUUCCAUUUUUUUGUAGGUAUUUUUCUGUGCAUUGUAAGUUAUUGGAACAAGAUAUAUUUUUUUGUGCAUUGUCUUGAUUGUUGAUACUGCAGGCAGAUAGUUCCAGUGAAUGGAAAUGCAGUGGAAGUUUGUAGGUGGGACAAUGCACACACAUAUGUAAGCAAACCGUCUUUCUAAAUUAUUUGGAGAGGAUUGGAUUUCCCAGUGUUAACUUUUAAUACCCAUUUAUUAGCCACUUAAGGUAAAUUUUAAAAAUCUAAAAAUGAGCAUCAGUUCUUUAGAUCUUACUGUUUUCCCCAGUUUUUUUAUUUCCACAGUGGAUAAUUUGGGUAUAGUGUUCUUUUUUCUGUCUGUGCCUUUAUAUUUUUUAAUGUGAUUUUAAUUAAGUUAACAUUAAGUUUAUUGAUAGUAAGAGUUUCUUAAAGAAGAAAAUUAACUUUCCAUACAAGUGAACAUCGGGUGUGGGAUUACUGACUUUAGAGCAGUAUCUAUAUGGUCAUCCAGAAAUAUGACUUAAGAUGUCUCUAUUUUGGACAGCAUAUCUAUCUGAGCUCAUAUUUUUAUAAUCCUGAUUGAGAAUUUAGAGACAUGGUAAUUUUUUUUUUUUUAACCAAAACUGUAUCUGAUAAUUUUAGUAAAGCAACCAAAUUUGGGCUCUUUGCCUAACAGUUAAAAAGAAGCUGAGGCACUUAGGAACAUAUCGGUACGCUGGAAAAUGUGAAGAGAUUUUCUUUUAAAAUAUGUUUGAGGGAUAAAAUAUGUUUGAGGGAUUGUUUCCCAUAAUUUAAGUCUGUGCUAUCCUGUUAAUCUUUAUGUCUACUUAGACAAUAUUUGAAAAUAUUCUACUUCUUUGUGUUCUGUUACCUUCUGUCCCAUGAUAGUUCUCUGCUAAAUGUAUUUUAAAAUAAAAGCCAAAUUCAAGAUUGAAGAGUGUAAUUUGUUGGUUU